AUGAGGGAUAAUAAUAAUAAUAAUGAAAAAUAUUUAAUUGAUUUUUUAAAGAAAGUUGGCUCUAUGAGAGGAAGUUAUAGUGGCUCACAAAUAGUUAUAUUUGCUUCAAAAGAUAAAAAAGAUGAAAAAAUAGAAAAGAAAAGAAAAAUUAAAAAUCUAAAAGACAAGAUCAGGAGCCAAAAAAGAACCAUUGAAUUAGAAGUUGAAAAUAGACGUUUGAGAGACAGAAUCGAUGGAUUGAAAUCAGGUAUAAAUGAGUUGACGGCAAAUCUUGAAAAUUUGAAAAAGAAAAGUGACAACCAAAAGAAAGAUAUGAGUUAUUAA